CGAAAUGCAUUUCGCCUAGACCCUAAGGGUGUAGACCUACAUUUAUUCAGCUUUUUAAAGAACAAAAAGAGGGGGGUGUGCUGCCCUUUCCUCUUACCUGCACACGCCCUUUGCCAUUCAGACUUAUUUCAGCUCGCGUACAGUGCAGUCAGAAUUUCAGAAUGGCAGGCCCUAGUGAUUUUUAUGGUUGGCAUAGGCACCAGAGAAUGGACCCACGGGCCGUAGGUUUUCGUACUGAACAAGAAGCUAGAGAUUGGGCAAAUCGUUCUCGUGAUUGGAAUGGUCAGCCACGCGACCGUUUUGUUCACUUUGAUUAUCCAGAUAGAGAAAGGUCUCCUCUUCGAAACUAUCGAGAGUGGGCUCCCUCCUUUGACGCUCAACCGCCAUUGUUUAAUAUUCCACCCGUGAUUCCACCACCGGCUUUUGACGUUCCUCCGCGUGAUCAGUUUUUUCACGGAGACCGGUUUUAUCAAAAUGAUGUGGGGGAUCGACCAAGGGGGCGUGCGAAGGAACGGGGGAAUGGCGCCGAGUUUCCGUUAGAUGAUAGGAUCGAAGAAGAAGCCUACGUUCGUUUUAGCAAGCUAAGAGACUUGGAAGAAAGAGAGAAGCGGGAGAGCAGACAGGAGGAAGACGAAGAAGAUGGCGAGUAUCUUGAAGUAGAGGACGAAGAGGAAGAAGAGUUAGACGAGGGGGGUCCAAAGCUAGUGGACCGUCCAUGGCUACCAAAGGAGCGUACUCCCCAAGCCCCUGCCGCCGGAUCUAAGUCGAAAGGGAAGGCUCUAAAACCAACGCGCGCGGCAGCCGCGGCAGCCACGGCAGGCUCAUCCAAAGCAGCCAGUGAAUCAGGGGAAGUGACGGCGUUCAUCCCAACAGCGAUUUCAGACGAGAUUAGGGUUUGGCUAACGACUGGCCUGUCAACCGACGAUUCAAAAGCAAUCUCAAAGAAAUUUGAGCUCGAGUUUGAGGACCCGACUUUCUCGAUUAAACCGCCUAAGCUCGACGGCUUUAUGUUGAGGCAUGCUAAAGACAAAGAUCGAUUGAAAGGGGUUAAUGCUUCGGAGGAAGCGCUUAUACAGACUCAGCUUAAAAUAAUGGACGUUGCCCCACCUCUGUUUGAUUUAUACGCUAAAGUGUGUGCUCUUGGAGAGGGAGAAACGGUGACGCAAGCCAAGAAUACGGUGCGGGCCGUUUUACAACAGUGGGGUAGAGCGUACUACCACAUCACCCAAAGAAGAAGGCGAGCGGUUGUGACAUUGGUGGAACCGACAUAUGACUUCAUAUUGUCAAACCCUGACGCUUUCGCACCGGGAAAGGAGGCAACUGAGCUCCUUUUCACGGACAAAUUCUUAGAGACGAUGCUCAAGGAGGCGUCUCAAGACGCCACACUGGCAAGCUCAUCGGCGGCUCGAGCGAGGGCUAAGGCAGGUGGAAGAAAGGUAGCAGUGAACCCAGGCCCAUCUCAACGGGUGUUGCGCCCAAGGAGAGAAGCAGCGGCCCAAUUUCCCGUUGAAGGGAGGCAGAGUGGUGGGGUCGGAAGAGGACGACCGCCGGGUGCAACUGCUUGGACUCGAGGAGGUGAAAGAAAUCAAACCUUUCGUGGCCGGAAAGCUGGAGGUUAUUCUAGAAGCAAGAAUAACUAGACUGGCGAGAAAGUAAGAAGGCCCCAUUACGUGUUCAAGUUACGGCAGUUGGCAGAGCUGUCCAGAAGAAGAAGCGCACUAUUUUUUGCUGCAACCAUUAUGUUCAUGUUUCUGUGUUUCAUGAUAUGUUACCUUGGGAUAGAGUUUUUUUACCCUGAAGUCCUCAGGUUUUUUCUCGUAUCCCCCUCAAACUGUUAUUUGGAAGUUAUGUGUGAAAUUCUCUCUGAUUAUGUUUGAUAACAUGUAAUUGUGUUUGGUUAAAACCCUGUACACGGAUCUGUAGCUAUAAGUCUGAAUGGCAAAGGGCGUGUGCAGGUAAGAGGAAAGGGCAGCACACCCCCCUCUUUUUGUUCUUUAAAAAGCUGAAUAAAUGUAGGUCUACACCCUUAGGGUCGUCGUCUACAUUUAUUUCUUAUACAAUUUCAAUUACCCUUCAGGAUCGUAGAACGAUCCCUCGGGUAAUU